AUGGCCCCCGCGCCGGCGUUCGCUCCUGUUGCUGUCGGUCAGAUCCCCCCACCCCUUGAUUUGUCCCCGAAUCCCCCGAAUCCCCUGGAUGCUCCCCCUCCCCCGCCUCCAGGACUGGUUCCAGCUCGACCCCCUGUUCUGCAUCAUGUUCCGCCUCCAGAUUCCCCCCUGCCCGAUUUUCAGUUCCCGCCUCAGACAGGGCCGCAGGGCAUGUGGACUGUUGAUCGCGGCGGCCCCCCUGUCUUCCACCCGUUCCAUGGUGGUCAGGGGCCGCAUCAUCAGUUGCCGGUUCCGCAGCCGCACGGCCCGCCCUUCGUCCCCCCGCACAACGCGUUUCCUCUUCCCGGGUUUCAGCUGGCGUCUGGGCGGGCUCCGUACUUCCCUCCGCCAGCCGCGGGCUCUCGUCCAGGCGGCCGAAGUUCGGCGCAGGCAGCAUCAGGGGAGAUGGAUCUGGACGCGGGAGAGUCUGCCGCCGCGGCGUCGCCUCAGCUGAAUCGCCCCCCACGUCAUCGCUCCACAGGCAUUCGCCUGAGCUCUUGCGUGGUUGUGGAGCGGAUUCGUGCACGGACCCGCGCUCCUCCUCGCCCAAUGCAGUUGUCGAGCGAUGUCCUUGUGCGCCUGUGGCACGGUCGGGCGUUUGUCGAGGUGGUGACGAAUAUUCUGGAGUGCGCGUUGGGGGCGAUGGGCGACUCAGCUGCUGAAGAUUGUUUGAUGGAUGCUGGGCGGAUGGACCGUUGCCAGCUUGGUGUUCGCGACCUUGUGCACAAGCUUGAGUGUGUGUUGGCAGUGCCCGGGCAGGAGCACGGCUUGGGCGAGGUCGAGGCGUUCGCCCUCGAGCAGAUGGGCUUGAUGCUUCAGUCGGCAUCAGCUCCUCUCUUUCCCCCUCACUUCCCCUGUCUCUUUCCCCCCUCACUUCCCGCAUCUCUUUCCCCCUCUCUCUCCCUGCAGUUCUGCUAUUUCCGCUAUGUGAGCAAGUACCGCCACUGCGAUGGCAAGCUGGUGCUUAAAGCCACAGACGACCGCGUGUGCAUAAAAUUCCGCACAGACCAGGCGCAGGACGCCAAGAAGAUGGAGCGCCUCAACAACCUGCUCUUCACCCUCAUGGCUCGUGGCCCAGACGCUGUGGUGGAGUCACUGUCGUUGGAGCCCCAGCAGCUAGUGUCUCAGCAGCAGCAGCAGCAGCAGCAGCAGGCAAGGAGAGGGAGGGGGCGGCGGCAAUGA